GACGUUCGCCGCACGUCGGUCUGUCCAACAUAAGAAAUCGGGUUCCAUUUUCAAAAAUUUAAAAAGUGAAUGUGAUUGUUUAUGGCUGUAUAAAAAGUGUAAUGGCCAGUGUGUGACAAUUAUGUUUUUUUAUAAGUGAUCCGAAAAUAUUUUGUUAGGUACUCGAGCGGCCAUCCCGCACAAUGGCGUCUUAUAUCCGAAAUUUACAUACGACAAGCCCUUUCAUCCUAACAAAAGAGAUAAACCUCACUUAAACGCCCAAGUUGACAGAAUGUGAAACAUGAAAGUGGAAGUCGUGUUGAGUAUUGGAGCAGGCGACAAUUUCACAUUGGACUUCAGAGAUUUGUCAACAUCCAUGUAUUUGACGGACACGUACGUGAACAAGACGCUGGAGCUGAACGAGACCAGCAGCGACCUGGUGUACGCCAACCAGUUCGAGGACGAUCCGAUCGUGGUGUUCUUGGUCGUGUUGAAAUGUGUUGUGAUGCUGUUCAUUAUAUUGGCUGCGAUAUUUGGCAAUUUACUAGUGAUCGUGUCGGUGAUGAGACAUAGGAAACUACGGGUGAUCACCAAUUACUUUGUCGUCUCCUUGGCGUUCGCCGACAUGCUAGUGGCUAUUUGGGCGAUGUGCUUCAACUUCAGCGUGGAAAUAACGAAUGGCAAAUGGCUUUUUGGUUAUUUUAUGUGCGACGUUUGGAACUCUUUAGAUGUUUACUUCUCAACAGCUUCGAUACUCCACUUGUGCUGUAUCAGCGUGGACAGGUACUAUGCGAUCGUCCAACCGUUGGAUUACCCGCUGAUUAUGACGACAGGGAAGCUCGGGAUCAUGCUCGCUGUCGUUUGGUGCAGUCCCGCCUUGGUUUCCUUCCUCCCCAUCUUUAUGGGUUGGUACACGACAGACGAUCAUAUGGACUUUAGGAAAAAGUAUCCAAAAGUGUGCAGUUUUACAGUGAACAAAGUGUACGCGGUAAUAUCGAGUAGUGUUAGUUUCUGGAUUCCUGGUGUAAUUAUGUUGUUUAUGUACUAUAGAAUUUAUGUGGAGGCCGAUCGACAGGAGAGGAUGUUGUAUAGGAGUAAGGUAGCAGCGUUGUUACUCGAUAAGCACCUUCAAAUCAAUGGUAUCUCCAUGGGGGAGGUGAUGAGAGAGCGACAGAGUAUACAGAUGCAGCCUAUGGCCAGCAGUAAGAUGAAAAGAGAGAGGAAGGCGGCCAGGACAUUAGGAAUCAUCAUGUCAGCUUUCUUGGCGUGUUGGCUACCAUUUUUCUUAUGGUAUAUCAUCACGGCGUUAUGCGGGGAUGCGUGCCCCUCUCCACCACCAGUCGUAGCUGGAGUCUUCUGGGUGGGCUACUUCAAUUCGGCCCUCAAUCCCUUGAUCUACGCGUACUUCAACAGAGACUUCAGAGCUGCAUUCAGGAAAACAUUGGGUUCGUGCUGCCGGUCGCUCUGCGGAGACUUCGGCCGCCGGUGCUGUCACCGUCCACGUCGCGAGCAUCACCAUUCCAACGUAUCAUCUGACAUACACAUGAACAACUGUGUCAAGUCCACCUCAGCCGACCUUCUUAGAGCCCACGCAUCCUGUUCCAGGCAGGAGGAGAUUGUUCUAGAAACAUAAUUUUGUUUAUGCGAAAGAAGUUUUACAGAAUAACCUCUUAUUCAUAAAAACUAAAAUGUUCUACAAGUCCAUUUUAGCUGUUACAUUUUACCAUUUUCUAUCAAACAGGGAAUUUAGCAGGAAAGAAAAAGACAAAACACUUCAGUAGAUAAAAUAGAUUUAUGAGACUUUAACGUUUUGAACCGAUUUCAAAAAUACGAAGGUUCUCUAUUCAGUAGCGUAGUUUUUUUUCAUGAGCUAACUGAGUUCUGAAACUUCAUCAGCUCUAAACUGAUUUUUAGUUUGAACGGAUAUACUCACAGAUUGGUUCCAUAGAAAUUUCAUCAUAAUCGCUUCAGUUGUUUGGUUUUUAAAUCAAAACAACUGAUUUUUGUCACAAUUGAUGUCGGUUAUUUUUGUAAGACAAAUUCUUUAAAUAUUAUGAAUAAGAUGGUUAUAAUUUAUGGAUUUUUUUUUGCAGAAAGGCAUUACAAAUGGACUUAUAGUGAUUACAAGAUUGUAGUAUUAUUCUGUAAAAUCUCAAAUUUCACUAGCAAAUUCACUAGUAAGUUUUUACUACAACUGGACUUGUAAACACUACAAGCGCUUUUGUACUGAUAUUCUGUAAAAUCAAUCUCAAAUUUCACUAGCAAAUUCACUAGUGAGUUUUUAUUACAAAUGGGCUUGUAAACACUACAAGCGCAUUUGUACUGAUAUUUUGUAAAGUCAAUCUCAAAUUUCACUAGCAAAUUCACUAGUGAUUUACAUUUGGUGUUCUACAAAUAAAUAAGACCGAUGACAGGGCCAUUUCGUUAAGGCGACGGCGUAGUGAACUGAGGUAGGUGUGUUGCAAACUUUAGGAAUUCACCUUAAUUUUCGAAACUAAUUUCACUUCACCUGUCACUGCUCACGCUUACAGAAUACGAAAGUUAGAUGAAGUGAAUGUGAAAUUGAUUGGGUAACGAAGUGUGAAAUUUUAUAGAAUAGCAUCGCUGACGGUGAGUGGUGAGUGGUAGCCUGUAUACAUGAACAGUACUAUGGACAGUUGAGAAUACACUGACAUGUUUACGGUACUAUUCGUGUGUUGCCGUUCAUUUAGCUUCAAAAGGGAGGUAUUUUGAAUAUGACGGUAUUAUUUAUGUAUGUGUAUAUAUGUAUGUGUAUAUAUGU